AUGACGUCACGCCGACCCUCGCUGGCUCCACCUGGUCGAGAGAGUCGCUCGAGCUCCCUGGAUGGUCGGCGGCGCUCCAGUGUCAGGCUCGCCAGUGUACAGCUGGAGAACAUGAAGGCGUCCCAGGAGGAGCAGCAGCAGCAGCAGGCAGAAGGCGCAGGGGACGAGCUGGAGGAUGAGGAGAAGAGGAAGAGAGGAGGAAGAGAGGACCUGUACCAGAUGGACCAGCAGUCGACGGAGCUAUCAGCUGAUUACUGGCAGAUCCACAAGAUGGUGAAGUAUCUGAAGGUGGGCAAUGCUACAUGCACGACCCUGGCCUUGGUGGGUCUGAAGGAGUGUGGGCUCCACCAGGAGUCCGGCCAGCUCGCUCUCAAGGCCGUCGGGGGGCUGGAGGUCCUACUCACCCUCAGGACUCGAAAUCUGCGCUGCAACAUUGGGGCCCUGCAAGUCCUGGAAGCGGCCUGUGGACACAUCACAACGAGGAACACCGUGUAUAAACUAGGCGGGAUACAGGUGUUGCUGGGGCUGGUUGGGCACACGGUUGUACAGGUGCGGGGUCUGGCAGCGUCUGUGCUGGCCCAGGUGUGCGCUCUGCCCUCUGCGCGGUCUGCUCUGAUUAGGGACAACGGCAUUCCACCCUUGAAAUUAAACACUGCAAGAUUCCAAAGUAGGAUGUGUGCUAAUCUAUUUCCUGGCAAUAAUGCAUCUACGACACAUCUAGUACCAUGA